AUGUCGUCGCCGGACCCCGGAAGCAUCGCGAGCCGGUGGCGCGAGCUGCAGGGCGCGGGGUCGUGGGAGGGGCUGCUGGACCGGGACCUGCGCGCCUCCAUCAUCGCCUACGGCGAGCUGGCGGAGGCCACCUACGACGGGUUCAACUCGCAGCGCCGCUCGCUGCACGCCGGUGCGUGCUUCUACGGCCAUGACGACCUGCUCGCCGCCGCCGGCGUGGUCCGCGCUGGCCACUACGCCGUCACCAAGUUCAUCUACGCGACAAGCGGGUUCUUCCUGGCGCCCACGACGGGGACGUCCGUGCCCGACGCCUUCUUCGUGCUGCUGCUGCCGUCGCUGCUGGAGGAGCCCUGGUGCCGGGAGUCCAACUGGAUGGGGUACGUGGGAGUGGCCACGGACGAGGGCGUGGCGGCGCUCGGCCGGCGCGACAUCGUCGUUGCCUGGCGCGGCACAGUGGAGAGCCUCGAGUGGGUUAACGACCUGGACUUCACGCCCACGUCCGCCGCGCCCGUGCUUGGCUCGGCGGCGGAUGAUUUCGACUCCGCUUUGGUGCACAAAAAUGCUAAACGUACGGGCUUCUUACAGGAGUUUUACAGGCCAUUUCCUAAUAAUCUAUCCGAUUCCGGCCCCUCUGAUUUUCACCCUGGUGGGGCCCGUCCCUCCCCCCUUAAUCCAAUCAUAACUUGA